AUGGCUCACUUCAGGAGGUUGCAUGUCAUCAACUUCACUGCUUUGCCAGUGGUGCCACUGGAUGAGCACCUGGGUGUUUCCCUGAUUGCGCAGAACGCACUAAAGGAUGCCGCGAGGAAGAAUCUGAAGGACAAUGUGCCCUUGUGCCUGGUUGGCUCCAUUCAGCAGGUGAACCAGAUGAUUGCUGACGCAGAUCUGAGUCCCAACCCGCUGGUGCACAGCCUGAAAACAGCAGAUAAAAAUCUCCUGGCAGAGCUGUACCAGUACCCAUCCUUUGACGACUCUAAGCCAAACAAUCUUCCAAAUGGGGUGGACUUCUGUGACUUGGUGGGCAACGUGAUCCUGGCUGAGAAAAACCCCCUUAGCGGCAAGUCUUUCUGUUCAGGUCGAGAAUUAGAGAAGUUUCUCUCUUCCCCUUCUGUAAGAGCUAUAUGGCUGGAUAGCUUCUGGUGGAUCUUUCAUGAAAGGUACCAGCCAAAGAAGGAGGUCCAGAGCAAGCUGUUCGACCGGAUAGCCCAGAACUAUGCUUUGCUUUUGUUUUGUGAAUCCAGGACCCAUUACGAAGAGGCUCUCUUAAAAAGGUUGCCAUUGCUUCUGAGCAAAGCCCUGUACACCAGCUUCUGCUGCUGUUUCCCUCAGUCCUGGUUCAACACGCACGAGUUCAAGUCUGACAUCUGCAACACGAUGAGCCUGUGGAUUUCAGGUAUAUAUCCUUGCCCACACAGCUAUAACAGCUGGGACUACUCAAAACUGGAUCCAGAGAGGUUCCGGAGAGAAGAAUUAAUGUUGCAGAGAAGAAGACUGCUGAAGGGAAGAGACUUGUCUUUCCUCACUGCUAGGAGGUACUCCGUCUGGAAAGCCACUCAAAACAGGAGGACCUGCUGCCAUCAUUCUGCUGAUAUGAAUUCAACCAAUGAGAGAGCCCGUUCUGCCCAGAAAAAUUCAGUGGAUGGCCCAAAAGAGCAUACCUAUCAGACUCCGGUUUUGAGGAGACCCACAAAACAAGUCAAGAGGAUAUCAGCCGCAAGAGAACUUGAGAGUAUGCUUCCUAAGCAGUCUUACCCUGCCUGCAAAAGCCCUCCGCUGACUCCAAACCUCUUCAACAUAUAUGGGAAGAGCCCUCUGAUUGUGUACUUCCUCCUGAACUACUCCACCCUGCAGCAGCAUGGCCAAGACCUGUUGAUGGUCAGAAGAGAAAGAACCAAGACCAUCCCUGAGUCCACCCUGACCUAUGCUGAGGUCAUCAACCUGACACUGAGCAACAUGAAGAAGCGGAGGGAAAACUUUCACCAGCUGAACUGGCUUCACUUGAGUGAGUGGAAUUACUUUGACGAGUACCUGAAGGAGCUGCAGGACAACUUCCUCAGGGAGGUGAAGAAUAUUGAUCAAAGAGCAAAAGACAAAAAAAAGGCAAACCACACAUUCAUCCAGGCUUCAACCCUCUUUGAGGAUACUCCUGAAAAGAAAUCCAGAAGAAUUUAUCAGAGGGAGACUGAGUUUAUUUUGAGGAAGGAAAAGGAAGAGAGGGAUGGAGAAUGGAAACAGAAUUCGACUGACUCUUCCUUCUCACCAUCAAGCACUGAUGAAGUCUUUUCCCUGUAG